AUUUUUAGUAGGAAAGUGCUAUAAAUUGCUCAGAAGCACGCGAGAGCGAGACAUCGUUCUUGUGGGAAGUGCGGUUCUACGUCCCACCCUCUUGGUUUCUCUAUUUUUCUGGUCAAAAUCUUCAUCUGAGUUUAGAAAAGCCUUUGCAGACUUUGCCGUUAUCUGUUCCUCCUGCCGGAGACGCUUCCCUCUGCGUGCGGGUUUGUGAUCGUCUUCCGGAUUUAAUCCGGAAACGAUGUCGAAGUUGGAGAAACUUGCGUCCAUUGAUGCACAACUGAGGCUUUUGGCGCCGGGAAAGGUCUCGGAAGAUGAUAAAUUGGUUGAAUACGACGCCCUUCUUCUGGAUCGUUUCCUCGACAUUCUUCAAGCAUUGCAUGGAGAUGAUAUCCGAGAAACGGUUCAAGAUUGCUACGAGCUUUCGGCCGAAUAUGAGGGGAAACGUGAUACCCAAAAGCUUGAGGAGCUUGGAAAUGUCUUGACAAGUUUAGAUCCAGGGGAUUCAAUUGUUGUUGCGAAGUCCUUCUCACACAUGCUUAGCUUGGCUAACUUGGCUGAAGAGGUUCAGAUUGCAUACAGAAGGCGGAACAAGCUUAAAAAGGGUGAUUUUGUGGACGAAGGUUCAGCUACAACUGAGUCGGAUAUUGAAGAAACUCUGAAAAGAUUAGUAGUACAGUUGAAUAAGUCACCUGAAGAAGUUUUUGAUGCCCUGAAAAAUCAAACUGUUGAUUUGGUUCUCACUGCACAUCCCACUCAGUCAGUUCGAAGAUCCUUGCUUCAAAAGCAUGGAAGGAUCCGUAAUUGUCUGACCCAAUUGUAUGCCAAGGACAUUACUCCUGAUGACAAGCAGGAGCUUGAUGAGGCUUUACAGAGAGAGAUUCAAGCUGCUUUUCGGACUGACGAAAUCAGGCGUACUCAACCAACACCUCAAGAUGAGAUGAGAGCUGGGAUGAGUUACUUUCAUGAAACAAUUUGGAAAGGUGUUCCAAAGUUCUUACGUCGUGUUGACACAGCAUUGAAGAACAUAGGAAUAGAUGAACGUGUACCUUACAAUGCUCCUCUUAUUCAGUUCUCUUCUUGGAUGGGUGGUGAUCGUGAUGGAAAUCCUAGAGUAACUCCUGAGGUGACAAGGGAUGUCUGUUUGCUCGCUAGAAUGAUGGCUGCAAACCUAUACUAUUCUCAAAUAGAAGACCUUAUGUUUGAGUUAUCUAUGUGGCGCUGCAGUGAUGAGCUUCGCGUUCGAGCAAAUGAACUACAUAGCUCCUCACGAAGAGAUGCAAAACACUAUAUAGAAUUUUGGAAGCAAAUUCCCCCAAGUGAGCCAUAUCGAGUUAUACUUGGAGAUGUUAGAGAUAAGUUGUAUAAUACUCGUGAGCGUUCUCGCCAACUGCUGGCCAGCGGAUUUUCUGAUAUUCCAGAAGAAGCAAGCUUUACAAAUGUUGAGCAGUUUCUGGAACCACUUGAACUAUGUUAUCGAUCACUUUGUGCUUGUGGUGACCGGCCAAUUGCUGAUGGAAGCCUUCUGGAUUUCUUACGCCAAGUGUCAACAUUUGGUCUUUCACUCGUAAGGUUGGAUAUCAGACAAGAGUCUGAUAGACACACUGAUGUCAUGGAUGCAAUUACCAGGCACUUGGGAAUUGGUUCGUAUCGUGAUUGGUCAGAGGAACAGCGUCAGGAAUGGCUGCUGUCAGAACUUCGUGGAAAACGUCCGCUAUUUGGUCCUGACCUUCCCAAAACUGAGGAAAUUUCAGAUGUGCUGGACACGUUUCAUGUAGUUGCUGAACUUCCAUCUGACAAUUUUGGAGCUUACAUCAUCUCAAUGGCCACAGCUCCAUCGGAUGUUCUUGCUGUUGAGCUCUUACAACGUGAAUGCCGAGUGAAGAAACCACUGAGAGUAGUUCCAUUGUUUGAGAAGCUUGGUGAUCUAGAAGCUGCCCCUGCUGCUGUGGCUCGACUCUUUUCUAUUGACUGGUACAUGAAUAGGAUUAACGGAAAGCAAGAGGUCAUGAUUGGAUACUCGGAUUCUGGCAAAGAUGCUGGAAGAUUGUCAGCUGCAUGGCAGUUGUAUAAAACUCAGGAGGAGCUUGUUAAGGUUGCCAAGCAGUAUGGAGUGAAGUUGACAAUGUUCCAUGGUAGAGGAGGAACGGUUGGCAGAGGUGGUGGCCCUACACAUCUUGCCAUAUUGUCUCAGCCACCUGAUACCAUCCAUGGAUCUCUUCGUGUCACUGUACAAGGUGAAGUUAUAGAGCAGUCAUUUGGAGAGGAACACCUAUGUUUCCGAACUCUUCAGCGUUUUACUGCUGCUACCCUUGAGCAUGGUAUGCAUCCUCCAGUUUCACCUAAGCCAGAGUGGCGUGCCUUGAUGGAUGAAAUGGCUGUUAUAGCCACUAAGGAGUAUCGAUCCAUUGUGUUCCAGGAACCACGUUUUGUGGAAUAUUUCCGCCUUGCAACACCAGAGAUGGAAUAUGGUCGAAUGAAUAUUGGAAGCCGACCAUCUAAAAGGAAACCAAGUGGAGGGAUUGAAUCACUUCGUGCCAUCCCAUGGAUCUUUGCAUGGACACAAACCAGGUUCCAUCUUCCGGUUUGGUUAGGAUUUGGAGCAGCAUUCAAGCAUGUUCUUGAUAAGGAUAUCAGAAACCUCAGUGUUCUACAGGCCAUGUACAAUGAGUGGCCAUUUUUCAGGGUCACACUUGAUUUGGUUGAGAUGGUGUUUGCCAAAGGAGAUCCUGGUAUAGCAGCUCUUUAUGACAAACUGCUAGUGUCUGAAGGACUAUGGCCAUUUGGAGAGCGCCUGCGAUCCGACUAUGAAGAGACCAAACGCCUACUUCUUCAGGUUGCCGGCCACAAAGACCUUCUUGAAGGAGAUCCUUAUCUGAAACAGAGGCUGAAAUUGCGAGACGCACACAUCACAACCCUCAACGUAUGUCAAGCUUACACACUUAAGCGGAUCCGUGAUCCCAAUUUCCUUGUGAACGUCAGGCCACAUAUAUCAAGGGAGAUCACAGAAGCAAACAGUUCAGCUGCGGAACUGGUUAAGCUGAACCCAACGAGCGAGUACGCCCCAGGCCUGGAGGAUACUCUCAUUUUGACCAUGAAGGGAAUAGCUGCUGGCAUGCAGAACACUGGCUGAAGUGAUUAGGGGCCAUUUUGCUCCAAUGGAGUUUGUAUCUUCUAAUUUAUGCAGUGAGAGUCCCACAGGAACUGAGAAUUAGAUUAUUGAGAGGUUUCUUAAGAGGGUUUUUUGCUGUAAACCCUUUGGCCAAUAUAGGUGCUUCUCGAAUUUCUUAUGGUUCCUAUGAUUAUUCAUAAUAAGUGGAAGAACAUUGAAAUGCUAGUAUUUUCAACUUUUAAA